AAAAUAUCUAAUUUCGAAAAUACCCAAAAUGAAGGGUUUUUCAUACUUUGGCAACACUGUAACCAUAGACCUAUUUUUUUUAUAAUAUUGCCACAGAUAACAUAUUUAUUAUUAGCUCUGAGUAGAUAGAAGUAGUAUCCGCUGUCUUUUUGAAAAUAAAGGGAUUUAUCUUUAGAAUACCUAUAAUUUCACUGUGUAGUACUUUCGUUAUCCUUUAAGAAAUACAAAAGAAUAUACAUAUUUUGUUUACAACCGAUUUUUCCCGAAUAUACUGCUAAAGACAUCACUAGUCAUUUUGUUUUGCGCGUUUAGAAUUUAUAUUUCUGUUGUCUAUGGCAUUAUGGCUACUUUGAUACAUGGUGUUGCGCGGUAUUGCGUGAUCCGUUUGAUAAACUAUAAUUUAUUAUGGCUAAAGGUGAUAAAGAAUUAGAAAAACCUAUAGUGAGUAAUGAGUUACCGAAUGCAGAAUGUCGUACUAUCGAUCACGAAGACUCGGAAUUGCCACAAGAGCAGCCUUUGGACAUCGGGGAGCAUUAUUUGGUGCGGCGUUCGGAUGAGUCAUGGCACCCGGCUGAGAUAAUACAAACGCGGUUUAACGCAGCGGAAUCCUCCUACGAAUAUUAUGUGCACUAUGUGGGCUACGAUAGGAGGUUGGAUGAGUGGGUUUCGCGCCACCGGGUCAUGUCUGAUAGGUUUGACAUGUGCGAGCAAUCAAAUAACAACAUAAACUCUGAUCAUCUUCUCACUGAUAAAUCCGGCAGAAAAAUAACGCGGAAUCAAAAACGUAAACACGAUGAAAUCAACCACGUUCAGAAGACCUAUGCGGAGAUGGAUCCCACAACAGCGGCUCUCGAGAAAGAACAUGAAGCGAUAACUAAAGUUAAAUACAUUGACCGUAUCCAAAUUGGUAAAUACGAAAUCGACACAUGGUAUUUCAGUCCUUAUCCAGAUGAAUAUGGAAAGCAAUCAAAGUUGUGGAUCUGUGAAUACUGUUUAAAAUAUAUGAGGAUGGAAAAGACAUACAGAUAUCAUUUGAGUGAAUGCACUGCAAGACAACCGCAAGGAAGCGAGAUUUAUAGGAAAGGUACAAUAGCUAUAUUUGAAGCAGACGGUAAGGAACACAAAAUUUACUGUCAAAACCUAUGUUUGCUGGCAAAAUUGUUUUUAGAUCAUAAAACUUUAUAUUUUGAUAUAGAACAGUUUUUAUUCUAUAUACUGUGUGAAGUUGAUAAGCAAGGAGCACAUCUUGUUGGUUACUUCUCUAAGGAGAAAGAUUCUCCUGAGGGAAAUAAUGUAGCCUGUAUAUUGACACUUCCUCCUUAUCAAAGACAGGGAUAUGGCAAGUUGCUCAUAGCUUUCAGCUAUGAAUUAUCAAGGUUAGAACAAGUUGUUGGUAGCCCUGAGAAGCCUCUGUCUGACCUUGGUAAACUAAGUUACAGAUCAUAUUGGUCUUAUGUUUUAUUGGAAGUUUUAAGUGCUAGUAGGGGAACACUGAGCAUCAAAGAUCUCAGUCAGAUGACUGGUAUUUCUCAAACAGACAUAAUUUCAACACUGCAGUCUAUGAAUAUGGUUAAGUAUUGGAAGGGGCAGCAUGUGAUCUGUGUCACCCCUAAAAUUGUAUCAGAGCAGUUGGCAAGUUCACACUUUAAAAAGCCUCGAUUGUCAAUAGAUCCAUCUGCAUUGCGCUGGACCCCUCCUAACAAACAAGGGAACUCUACUAAAGCUAAGAAGUAGUACAGGCUCACAGGCAGGGCUUAGAGAAAGCUGAUUUAGUCACAUCCAAAAACUUCUCUAGGUUACAGGCCUGUUUAAAAUAAAAGAAAACCUAAUUUAGUUUCUUUUAAAUGCAGUGAAUAGAUCAGUGCUAGAAGUAUUAUAAUUUGUAAUAUAAGAUUAAAAAUAAUUUAAAUAAGUAAUUAUGAAUAAGUUAAACAUAAUUCAACACUGCAUUUGAAUAUACUGUAAUAAAUAGUAAACAAGGGAAUGUUUAGCAUUUUGUUCAAGUUAUUUUAGAAGCUAGGACUUGCUUUAAAUUAUAUGGUCAGAAAUGCUUGUAUAGAAAAUUAUUUUAGAUUACAUGCUAAGGUACAUACUUCAUGGUAAUGUAAUAAAUGUUUAAACUUGUGAAUUUUAUUGUUACUAGUUUAACCUGAACAGUUAACAAAGUUUUUUUUUAAAAUUAGAACUGUUUAACUUAUAUAAAAAUGUGUGACAUUUUUUUGUUAAACCAACAAAUUUUACAAUUCUCAGAUAUGUUUGAUCAAAUAGGUUCUAUUUACUUUUCAUAAUUUGUUUGUUUGGUCUACUUUACAGAAUUCAAUAAAACAAAUACUUUAGUACAUAAGCAUGAUUUGAAGAUACUAAACUUUGUUAUCAAAAUUUGUGUGGGUGUUUUUUAAUUGCAUUAGUCCAGGUGUCAAUUCUGCUAAGCUAAUCAAAAAUCGUGUCUUAAUUGUAUUGAUUCAUGGCACAGAUCCUGUUACUAAAACAUGAAAUAACAAAUUCAUAUAGAUACUUAUAACAAAUGAGUUUGUAAUUUUGUGUUUUAGUAACAAUACCUGUAUUAAAAAUCAAAAGUAUUGAAACAUUGUAGUCACACAAUUAUUACUUUAUCUUAGCAGAAUACUGAACUGAACUUGAUUCAGCAGCUUUAAUAUAGUUUCUUCAAUCCAAUUACAUGUUAACUUAUUUUAACAAGAUCAGGAAUUUAUGGCUGUGUAGUUAGAUUUCUAACAGAAUUGGACUUGUAGAAAAUUCAUGGGCAUAAUUAUGUUUUAUUACCCGACAAUGUUUAAAUACUUAAUUUUAUGUAACUACCUAGAUCUGUUUUAAAUUUCAUUUAGUUCCUUUUUGUAGUGGAAAUAGUGAUAUUAAUUUUAAGUUCUUAGUAAACUAAAAUAUACUUUUAAUUUGACUUCACAAAGAGGAUAAAAUUUUUAUUGAUCAAAUAUUCUGUGUUCAUGUUUAAAACAUGUUUAUUUAGAGUUCUCUCAAUUUUGUGUAUGUAUAAAUGUUAAGUUCAACUUAAUAAGGAAACUUGUACCAUGAAAAGGAAAAAUUACUUAGUAAAUAAUACAAUUUUAUUAGGUUUAAAUUAUCAUGUAACUGAUAGAAAAUUUAAACCAAAUCUUAUCAGGGACGAUCUUCCUUAUCCAUGGUAUACUUGCGCUAAUUAAGAAACUAGUAGAGAAUGGCGACUAAAGAUAGUUUGUCACAUUUGCACAUUAUUUCGAUAGUUCGUGCGAUCGAAUGUCUUCAUUUUCGUUGGCGUAAAUCAUAGUCGUGCAUGACCACUAUAAUGGAUAGACUUGCACUUUGAAUACAUCAUAUUGCUAUAUGAUAAAGGCGCUUGGAAAUCGUACCUACCAUCGUGGGUUGAUUGUAUUUUAGGACAAUGCUAACACUUUUCAUGGCAUCAUGUUGUAUAGGGAAUGAAAAGGCGAGAUUGCUAACUUAUGUGUUACCAAAUACGAAUUGUUAUGUGAAGUGCAGCACCAGCAUACCAGUAUUGUCGGAAGUGCGCCAAAUUCUUAUAAACCCGAGUGUUUUCCCGUAAACCCUCUUAUUUAUAAACUAGGAAUACGGUUAGACUAGUUGUGCCGUGUUUUGUUAAUAUUGUAGGGAUUCGGCCACGAUUUUGUUCGUUAUUGUGUAUCUAGGGUUUUUAAUAUCGUUGCAUUCAUAGGACAUUUGUAAUUCAAUAAACAGACAAAACAUGGAGUAAAUAAUCUAUGCUUAUUCUUCGUUUAUAGGUUUAUGUUUUUACCUUUGACUUUUAUAUUUAAUAUCGAAAAUUCGUACCUACUCUUCAUUAAAACGCAUCAUCUAAGACGUGAGCGAAUUAACAGUGAACUAGCUUCUUGAUACAAAACGCUGUUAAAUCUUGAACAACGUGUUAGAUUGUAAGUUUAAGCUUUUAUUUAAAUCAUAAGAAUCUUGUUUAGUACUUUAGUUAAGCUCUUGCAAUGUUUGUUUUUGCUUGCUAACAAUUUGCCAUAAUUGAAUGACGAAUUGUGUCAAAAUGAAAAUGAUCUUCCCAUUGCCGUGGUAUUAGAUUCUGUGAAUCAUUAGUUUUCACUGUUUAUUUGUGAUAUAACUCCUUGUAAGUGAAAAUGACAAAAAUACAAAUGUUUCAAUGUAAAA